GCAAAGCUUACCAGUAAUCCGUUUAGCGGUUUUCGUAAACCUCCACAUGUAUAUGCUUUUCUUUAUCGGUAUUAUAAAAUUAAAUAUUUGAAGCCGUGAAUACCAAAACAAUGAACGAAUAAUGAAGUUGUAAUAUGCAAGAAAAGUCGUACAUAUUUUUACGGCCGUAACCUGCUUUCCGGCAGUGCGUUGGUUGUGGAGGUCAGAGGCUGGAAGGACUGGUUGACUUGUGGUUAUCAAUCUGUAUUAGCUGUAGCAUACGAAUUAGUUUUCCACUACAUUCCUGCAAUUUUAAAAACAAAAACCAAUGUGUCUACUUUGCUGUCUGUAGUUUGUAGUUGCCUAGCUGGUUACUCUUCGUACGAAGGGUAUUCAGUUUAUAGCGCUCGAGGUAGCUAGCUUUUGGCUGGCUCGCCGCAUCGUUGUUGUUAGGUCACAAAUUAAGAAAUUUCAUUAUUAGUUAUUUUUUUUUACCUGUGACCAGAAGGAUUAAGUAUGGAUAACAACGCACCAAAGACUGGAGCAUCCCGGGGUGGUUUUGGCAGUCUUUUCGGAGGCUCAUCACCCGAGUAUUCAAACAGUGAACUCGCCGGGGUACCACUAACAGGAAUGAGCCCCCUGUCACCAUACCUGAAUGUUGAUCCCAGAUUCCUUACACAAGACAGUGACGAGUUCAUCCUGCCCACCGGAGCCAGCAACACCCGUGGCCGCUUUGAGCUGGCCUUCUUCACCAUCGGGGGCAGCUGUAUCACUGGUGCCACUUUCGGGGCGCUGAAUGGACUGAGGAUGGGUUUGGUGGAGACCCGUGACAUGGCCUGGUCCAAGCCCCGCAAUGUACAGAUCCUGAACCUGGUCACUCGGCAGGGAGCCAUGUGGGCGAACACGCUUGGCUCUCUAGCCCUGCUGUACAGUGCGUUCGGGGUGGUGAUCGAGAAGGCACGGGGGGCCGAGGAUGACCUCAACACGGUGGCUGCAGGGACACUCACGGGCAUGCUGUACAAAUCCACAGGUGGGCUGCGUGGGGCAGCCCGUGGCGGCCUGGCGGGCCUGGCCAUGUCGGGACUCUACGCCCUCUACAACAACUGGGACCAUCUCCGCGGGAGCACCCCAAGCCGCUACUGAGCUCCGCCCCCCGCUGGCCGAUGCUGGGUGGCCUGGGUACACGAGCACGUCACUCGGCCUGAUGUAACCCACCGGGACGGACUCAAGAGACAUCUGCUCGCAGAGGGCCGCUGGCUCUCUCACUCUCUUAAUCACUUCACUGCAUCGUUACUUCAACAGGGAGUGACAAGAACUGGAGCUCCUGUUGCGUGUUAGUCUGUCAAACCACCACAUGACUGGAUAGAAUCUCGACUAUGUACUUUUGAGUGGGGGGUGGGCUUAUUUUGUGUUCUUAAUUUUGAGCCAUUCUGCUCUUUUGUGAGGAAGUAAAUUAAUGUUUUGAUUCCUGAAGAAACUGAGAGGGUCAUCUUCGCCAUUCUUCCCAUGUUACCAUGGAUUACCAUGUGGACAGUGCAGUGUGACAUUCUCUGUGGGCGGCCCCUUCUCAUAGUCAGGAUUAUGGGUGUUUAAUUCUCAGGCUAUUCAGAAGCAUCAUGCCGUCACAUGAAUUGACUUGGAAAGAAUGUUGUGAAAUGAACGGUUUAGGUAAAACCCAGUGGGCUGCAUGUCUUGAGUAAUUUUCCCAUAAUCCCUCAGUUGUGGCACCGCUCCAUGCACAUGUGACUGCUUUAUGGAGUCACAGGGUCUCCAUUUAUUUGACAAGUCUGGCGUGACACGUCUGUCAGGACAUAGGAGGCAGCUCAUAUCCUGACUGUAUACUUCUAUAAGGGUAAUUUACUGUCUGUACCAACUGCGAACGCAGUCAUUUAAGAGCAGCACCAUUCCACACGUGGGUGAAAUAGACUAACACCAAUAAAAUACAACUGUGCACAGAACAUA